GCCACGCUGCAGUUCUGCAUCGUGAAACCCCUCAUGGCAAUCGUCACCAUCAUCCUGCAGGCGUUCGGGAAGUACCACGACGGGGACUUCAAUGUCCAAAGCGGCUACCUCUACAUCACCAUCAUCUACAACUUCUCUGUCAGCCUGGCUCUUUACGCCCUCUUCCUCUUCUACUUCGCCACCAUGGACCUGCUGCGCCCAUUUGAGCCGGUCCUCAAGUUCAUCACCAUCAAGGCAGUCAUCUUCCUCUCCUUCUGGCAAGGGACACUGCUUGCAAUCCUGGAGAAAUGUGGAGUGAUCCCUGAAGUUCAGAUCAUCGAUGGGAAGGAGGUGGGAGCUGGGACAGUGGCUGCUGGCUACCAGAACUUCAUCAUCUGCAUUGAGAUGCUCUUUGCUUCCAUUGCCCUGCGCUAUGCAUUCACCUGCCAGGUGUACAGAGAGAAGAAAGAAAACUCAACAGCAAACCUUGCCCCGAUGCAGAGCAUCUCAAGUGGGCUGAGGGAGACCAUAAGCCCCCAGGACAUCGUGCAGGAUGCGAUCCACAACUUCUCGCCCGCGUACCAGCAGUACACUCAGCAGUCAAUGCAGGAGGCAGAGCGCAAAGCACCGGGGGAGAACGGGCAAGCAGCCUCCAAAAUGGAUGGACCAAGCAGCAGAAAGAGCAAAAGCAUUGAGAAGAGAGUGCUCAUCCUGUCGGACGAGGAGCUGUAG